AUGGGACCAAGUGCGGUGUGGACAUAUUUCACAAAAACUUGUCAAGGGGCAAAAGUGAAAUGCAACCAAUGCAAUCAAGAACUAUGUUUUAAUAAAAGCACUAGCACUCUAGCUUAUCAUUUGCGUGUCAUUCACAAAAUUGAAAUACCAAAACAAGUUCCUAAAGUGCCGAAAAGAGGUAUCAAGAGACGAAGAGAAUCUUCUGCUGAAGCUGAGACAAUAAGUGAUUCUAGUGAUGUUGACGAUGUGGAAAAUAAUCAAGUCAACCAACCAGAAUCAUCAACUGAGAGUUCCAAUUUUACACUUCGAAAUUCCUCUAAAACUGCAUCCAUUUCAUUUUCCGGCCCAAUGGACAAAUGCAUUAGCAAUGCCACAUCUUUUUCAGUUGGCGGAAUAAGAGAUAUUUCUGUAAUGGAUGCCCUUCUUUUUAUGAUUUCGAAGGACAAUAUGCCACUUUCAACUACAGAACGCAGCGGCUUUAGAUUAUUCGUUAAAAAAUUACAACCGCUGUGGAAUAUUCCAUCUGAACCUACUGUUACCAAAAAACUUCAAAUGAAGUACGAGUUUUUAAGAGGAUGUGUAAUGCAGAAAAUAUCGAAAGCAGAUUCCGUCUGCUUAACUACAGAUAUUUGGACCCACAAGCACACAAUGCGUAGUUAUUUAGGAAUUACAGCUCAUUAUAGGGAAGGUGUCGAAUUAAGAUCAAUAGAAAUUGGCGCUAAAUUGAUUGAAGAUCGUAAAAAUAUUCCUAAUUUACGGAAGGCUUUGCGUCAAGUUUGCGAUGAUUGGGGUAUUACGAACGACCAAAUUUCUGCUGUUAUUAGCGACGGAGGUGCUAAUAUUAAAGGAGCAAUUCGACAAGAAUUUGGAAAUGAAAAACAUUUAUUAUGCCUAGCUCAUCUCAUCAAUGGCAUUGGACAGUCUGCAAUUGGACUUAAUGAUUACACAGUUUCAUCUAUGAUGGAAGAAGAUUCAUUUGAAAAUUUAGAAAUCGACCAAGAAGGGGAUGAAUUUAGAGAACCAGAAGACAAUAGACAAAACUUGAAAUUUCUUAUUAAGAAAUUGAAGAGUAUCGUAAGGUUUUUUAGAAGUAGUGAGGUUGCAACUACUGAACUUAAAAAACUUCAGGAAAAAUCUGGCAAAAGUCCUCAUCAUUGUUUAAUCUUAAUACAAGAGGUUCGCACUCGUUGGAACUCUUGUUUCGAGAUGAUUGAAAGAUUCCUACUGCUCGCCGAUCAUGUUAGUCGAGUCCUUAUUCAGCUUAAAUUAGAUAAAAAUACAAAAUCUAAAGUUCCAAAUAUGCUAUCAGGAGAUGCACUAGAGACUUUAAAUGAAGUGCAAAAUCUAUUGAAACCACUUUAUCAAGUGACAAUGGAAGUCGUCAGCGAGAAGCAAGUCACAAUCAGCAAAAUUAUACCCUUAAUAAACGCCUUGAAGUCUAAAACAAACGAAAUGAUGGCAUGCACCCCGAUUGGAUUUAAUUUAAAACAUAGCCUAAUCACACUAAUAGACACUAAAUUUAAUGGGAUAGAAAAAGUUCGAAUUUAUGCGGCUGCUACGAUGCUGGAUCCUAGAUUCAAAAAAGGCGGGUUUACUGAUCCUUUAGCGGUUUCAAAUUGCAUAAGUUAUAUUGCUAAACUGGUUGUGAACGAAAUUGGAAAUCGAAGAACAGAAGUUGAAAGUAUUGAGGAAAUAAACGACUUGCAAGCAAAUGAAAACAAUGACGACUUGUGGUCAAAUUUUGAUAGUAGUGCCCGAAACGAUGAUUCUGGUGCUUAUCAAGACGUAUCGGAAGGUUUUCCGAUAGAAUUAAAGCAUUUUAUUCGCAUUCCUGCAAUUCCGAGAAAAUUGACUUCAAAUCCAUUAUCUGCUUGGGAAGGACUGAAAAAUGAGUUUGCCCAUGUGCAUAAAAUAGCUUUAAAGUUUUUACCCAUCAUGGCAACAUCAGUUCCUUGUGAACGAUUAUUUUCCCAUGCGGGACUUAUAGCUAAUCAACUGCGGAACAAAUUAUCUGGCAAACAUCUUGAUCAACUCGUAUUUCUUCGAAGCAUUGAUCCCGAUAUGUGGUUCGAUGAAAAUUAA